AUGAGUGUAGUUUUGGCACUGGUUUUGGUGUUAGGCGGUUGCUGCUCAAACGUGAUAAGUUUCGAACAUAUAUUACAAGGUAGCAGCAUAAACUUGGGUAAUGUUGUUACUUUUUCUCAGUUUCUUUCUGUAACAGUGAUGCAGUUGCCCAGUGUAUUCACUGUUGUAUCACAACCACCUUUUUUAAUCAUCAGACGUCGAAAAAUUCCAUUGAAGAUCCAUUGUUUGGCAGUUCUUCUAUUUUUCAUGAGUUCAGUUGCUAAUAACAGCGUCUUCAAGUUUGAUAUAUCAGUUCCUCUUCAUAUCACAAUAAGAUGUUCCGGAACUGCAUUGACUAUGCUCAUCGGAUGGGCAGUUUGCAACAAGAGGUUUUCAAAGCUGGAGGUAUUUUCUGCUAUAAUAAUGACCUUAGGAGCCAUAGUCACGUUAUUGUAUCGUGAUAAGGAAUUCUCACUUGAUACCUUAAAUUCUGCAAGUAAGAAUAGUGGAUUGACUAAAAAGUCAGCCAUUGGUGUCCUUCUAAUGCUCUUUGCAACUGCCUUGAUGGCAUUACUCUCACUGCUUAAUGAAUGGACCUAUAAAAGGUACGGAAAGCACUGGAGAGAAACCUUAUUCUACUCUCAUUCCCUAGCUUUGUUACUGUUCAUACCUGGAAUUCCUAGACUAAAAGAGGAGUUCAAAGAUCUCACCGUAUUUUCCAACGUUAUACAAGUGCCAUUCCUCAAGCAACCAAUAUCCACAAAAUUGGGAAUGCUAUUUGUUAAUAAUAUGACACAGUUUGUCUGCGUCAAUGGCGUCAAUAUGUUAGCAAGCCAGACUGAUGCUUUAACACUUUCGGUUGCCCUAUUGACUCGUAAGUUCAUUAGCAUUUUGUUGAGCGCAUAUAUAUACAAAUCAGUGAUGUCAAAAACGGCCUAUCUCAGCACAACUUUAGUCCUCUUUGGCGCUAGUUUGUAUUCUUAUGCAUCUAAGAAACGAUCUGCACCUCUAACAUAA